AGUUAAUUCACGACAUGCCGAUCUCGAUGGAAAUUUCAAGGAUCCUCAUUUGUCAUGAUUUGACCAAGCAGUGAUUAGAAUGUAAGGUAUCUCUUUCUGAUAAUUAUUAAAAAUGUCUGUAAGUGGCUUGUGGAACCAAGUGUACGAGUCGGUGAAAGCUGUCACCCAGCCUGUGAAGGUGGAGGCCGUAGAUGUGCCCCAAGCUUCGUCUAAGAUGAGCGAGGUUACAUCUCUUCUUCUAAGGCUGGCCCUGUCUGCGGGUCUUUCUCUUGUCCUCGGCAAAAUUCUGCUGGAUAUGAUGGAUCCGACAAGAAAAGAAAAGAAAUCGGCUGAAAAAAGGGCUAAGGAACUGAUGAAAAGGAUAGGGGUGUCUGGAGUGAAGUUGACAGAUUAUGAGCUGUGUUUUGCUGCUGAUCUGAUUGAGCCAGCAAGGUUAGAUGUGUCAUGGGAUGACAUUGGCGGUAUGGAGGAUGUAAUCAGAUCGAUCAAAGAAACUGUCAUAUUUCCUUUCAAAAGGAGAGAUUUGUUUCAAAAUUCUUAUUUGCUUCAACCUCCUAAAGGCUUGUUGUUACAUGGUCCACCAGGAUGUGGCAAAACAAUGGUAGCUAAAGCAAUUGCUAAAGAUGCAGGAGCCAGAUUUAUCAAUUUCAAGAUUUCUUCCAUGGUUGAUAAAUGGUAUGGGGAAUCCCAGAAGAGAGCAGAGGCAGUGUUCACUUUGGCUAUAAAACUACAGCCAGCCAUUAUAUUCAUAGAUGAAAUAGAUUCCUUUUUACGGUCCAGAAGUUCUCAGGACCACGAAGCUACAGCAAUGAUUAAGGCUCAGUUCAUGAGUAUGUGGGAUGGGAUCAUCACGGACCCCAACUGUCGCAUCAUGAUCGUGGCAGCCACAAACCGUCCCAGUGACAUAGAUCCAGCCAUUCUUAGAAGAUUACCGUGCCAAUUUAUCAUCAAGAAACCAGAAAAGCUCCAAAGGAUAAACAUAUUAAAUCUUGUGUUAGGUUUUGAAGAUACAGAGAAUUUAGAUUAUGAGAAAUUAGGCGAACAAACAGCAGGAAUGACAGGAAGUGACUUAAAGGAGGUGUGUCGGGUUGCCUCGACCAAUAGGAUCAGAGAACUCUUACAAGGCAAACACUCUGAUGAUUUAUAUGAAAUGAAAAUAGAUAAACUAAGACCUGUAACAAUGAAGGAUAUGGAAAUAGCCAUAGACAAAGUGUCAAAUUCUAAGUCCGAGUUGUUAACCCGAUUUACAGGAAUUCAGGUGGACUGAUCAGUGUACUGUUAUUUAUUAGAUAAUAAAUAUUCUCCAUAAGGAGUCCAACAGUAGAAUAUUCUCAUGUGAUUUAAUGAUACAAGAUUUUGCUGUGAACCCAAACUAGACUACCAUAAUGGAAAUAUGACAUUUGCAUGAAUGUAAAUGGUUUUAUUCAAUAACUACAGCUAAAGGCAUUAAUUGUAUUUAGGUAAUGAAAGAUUCCUUGAAUGUUUUUAAACUUUCUUUUUGUGUUUUCAUUGUUUUGUGAAGUUAUUGAUUAUUUCAAUACUCUUCUGUGAUUAAAAAUGUGACUUUUUUACAAGA